AUGACCAGGAUUGGCCUUGUGUUAUACAGUUUAGAAGUUAAGCUAGAAUUUGGUCUCAACAAGUACACCGCUCAACGGGAUGUUAAGCAAGCAAUUAGGAAAAUGCAGUACAUGGGAGAAGGCGCUUACACAGGAACCGCUAUCCGUAAAGCGACCCAGGAAGGAUUUUAUGGCGCUCCAACAGGAGUGCGAAAAGUAGCUCUUGUGCUGACAGAUGGCCAAGCAGACAAGAGAGAAGCUGUAAAACCAGAUGUUGCUGUUCGAGAGGCUCACGCAGCAAACACCGAGAUGUAUGCAAUAGGAAUUGUAAACACUUCAGACCCAACACAGGUUGAGUUUGUGCGUGAACUGAAUCUGAUUGCUUCACAUCCAGACAGAGAACACAUGUAUCUCGUUGAUGAAUUUAAUGCCCUUCCAGCUUUGGAGUCCAAAUUAGUCAACCAAUUUUGUGAAGAUGAACAUGGUACCUUAAUAUAUAACCGUAAUGGAAACAGUGCAAGCAUAAACAGACCAUCUUUCCAUUCAACGAAAGCACCUCCUGUGGUAAUAUAUGAAGCCUAUGAAGAGGAACCAGAGGAAAAGGAACAGACAUCCUUGUUAACAGUGGAAACCAAAGAAAGUCUGCUGGACCCCCAGUGCAAGUUAAGGCUGAAUCAAGGGCCAUGCCGUGUUUAUAACAUAAGAUGGUAUUAUGAUAAACAAGGCAAUGCUUGUGCUCAGUUUUGGUGUGGUGGCUGCGAUGGAAAUGCAAACCGCUUUGAGAGCGAAGAGGAAUGCAGAGAGGCUUAUGUAUUUUUUUCUGGAG